AUGACUACGUUGGAGCAAUUGAGUGAACAUUGUCGAACUGGGAUCGAGCAAGACUUAAUUGCAGUUGCAGCGACAUUUGGCAUCGCAGCACCCCUCAAACGCACAGAGCAGCAUGGCAGCCUGAUUGACGAGGAGAUGGUCAACUUCCACUCCUCGCUUGCAAUAGCCUCCGGGAAACCACUUGCAAAUUUUGUACGUCUUGUACGUGGCCAGACCGCAGCAGACCCUCGCCCAAAUAAAGAUAUGUACGAGCUCCCACGACCAAAAGAUCCGGCUUUGCAUGAGGCGUGGGGUCGCUGGAAUGACGUCGUCCAAAAUGGAGCCUCUCCAGAGUGGCUACCGAACCGGCCACCGCGACAGACCUCCAGACCGCGGAACCACGGGCCAAUUUACAAACCCCUCCCUCAAGAAGAAUACAUUUCUGUAGUGGGUGUGGUUGAUAAGGACGGCACUGACAUUCGGAUCAUCGACGACUAUUCCUUUCCCGACGGUGCAUCGAUUAACGACUUUACAGACCGCUCCAACCUACCGGUGAUCUCGUACAGCCCGCCAGGCGACAUUGCCCGUCGAAUUUUCGAGUUACGCAGACAGUAUUCGAACGUUCGGAUUCUGAUAUUGCUAGGCGAUGUCUCGGGUGCCUUUAGGCACGUGCCUAUCUGCGCCGACCACGCGCACAUGUUUGCAUUCGUCAUCGAUGGCUAG